GAGAGAAGAGAUAAGGACAAUACAGCACAGGACUGACUGCUAGGAAAACAUUUAGCACCGGGGCAAUUUUUGCAUUCACAAAUUCUUACACCCAGAGAUUUUGCGUUGGGCAGUAUGCUGGUGAACGGGCUCUGGCGUGCGGUGUGUGUUCUGCUUUGCUGCGUCGGGGUGUCGGUGUGCGUGAGGCGGGAGGAAUACGAAGUUAACUACGCAGACAACUACGACAACGCGAUUGAACAGAGCCAACAGGACGGAGACACCCCUGAGUCUUCGUGCCAGGCUUCAGAGCGCUCACGCUGGGACAAACUCUUUGUGGCUCUGGAGGACUCCCACAUGAGGCAGACGAUGCUGAUGGAAGCCCUAGAGAGACACUGUGAAGCUCCUGGAGUCUGCCAGCAGUGCCUGCCAGCCAUAGAGGCAGUCUGCCGGGGCCAGGCAGAGCAGGUGAGCCCCAGGCUCCAACAAGACCUGCUGGAGCUGAAGGAGGAAGUCAUAGGGAGGGAGAGGAGGUUGAAUGCUUCACUACAUCUGGUCAGACAGGAGGGAGCGGAAGGUUUCGGUAGUGUGAUGGCCGUGCUGCAGCAGCUCUUACAGAGUGCUAGGUUACAACGACUGGAGGAGGGGAGGCUGAGACAGUAUGGACCUAUAAGAGCUGGCCAUGGAGAGACACAGCCUCCUAGGACUGGAACAGCAGUACCUGUUUUAGGGGCGGGACUUGGAGCAGCAGAGCCAAAGGGGGAAGGAUAUGGAGAGAACAGUUUGGGUUUAGGGGAGGGGCUUAGUGGGACAGGUAGACCAAUAGGGAGAAAGUCUGGCACUGUAGGGGCAAAUCUCUGGAUUGGUUUGGGCAUGAAGCCACAGGAAGUGACCUCAUCACCUCCAUCAUCGGACCGAGGGAAGAUAGAGAGGGCUUUGGUUGCUAUAGCAAUGGAACUGCAGAAAGUACAGGCCCAGCUAAGCCUGCUAUCUUCGGUAGGGAAUGAAUGAUGAAAAGGAGGAAGAGGAUAAAAUAAAACAAAGAUGUCUGCUGGAUAUUCUCCGUUAUCAGGGACCAAAUCAAAACUAAAACAGAGAUUAUACACAAUAACAUUUCAUCAUAAGUAAAGCAAAAACAAGUUGCCUUAUAUAUUGAGCGUUCUUCUGUGUAAUGAAAGGGCAUAAAUGCACUGUAACUCUAAAUGUCCAAGUG